UGGGAGGAGAGAGAGGAAAGAAAAAAAGAGAGGAGGGGAAAGAGAGCAUGAAAGUGAAGUGUCUUGAUCUGUAGUGCACAUCUCCACAAGCCCUGUCCUGCUGUCUACCAUCACAGCCCGAUGAUGUCAUCAGAGGUCUUUGUCCCUGGUUGGCUGCAGCAGCUGCUGGUCGUGCUGCUCAGGUUUGCUCUGACCAAUGGGGCGGAGUGCAGCGCUCGAGGACCCGCCUCUUACAUCCUGGUGUUCACCGGCCACUGGAGUCCACAGACCUUCCCCAAACAGUAUCCCUUAUUCCGACCACCUGCACAGUGGUCCAAACUCAUGGCCGUGACCCAUAAUGAGCAGUACCGGCUGUGGCAGGAGGGGGCGCCCGCCAGCGAUGGCAUGAAGAGCUUCGCUGAGCAGGGACUCACGGUGGAUCUGGUGAAGGAUGCCAAGGAGGCGAGGAAGAGGCGAGUGGUGGGGUCCAUGUACCGCACAGCCGGGAUCCCCUCAGGCUUCGGCCACAGCUCCACAGAGCUGCUCUUGACGCCCAGGUCCCCGCUGCUGUCUCUGAUAGUGAAAGUGAUCCCCAGUCCAGACUGGUUCGUGGGGGUGGACAGUCUGAACCUGUGUGAGGGUGGGCAAUGGAAACAGGAAGUGACCUUUGACUUGCACCCAUUUGAUGCUGGCACAGAUAGCGGCUUCACUUUCUCCUCGCCAAACUUUCCAACAAUACCCCCAGAAAAUAUCACCAUGAUCACCUCUCAGAAGCCAAACCACCCGGCAAAUUCCUUCUAUUACCCUCGGCUAACCGAACUCCCGCCUCUGGCCACUAUUUGGGUGAAGCGACAGGGCCGCACACAGAACCGAGUGUCCAAUCACAUCCUGCCGGACACAACCAAACCCCACAGAUUCUCAGAAACGCCGCUGGACUGCGAGGUGUCGAUGUGGUCGUCCUGGGGCCUGUGUCUGAGGCCGUGCUCUCGGGGAGGCCUGCGCCAUCGCACCCGUUACAUCCUGCUCAAACCGGCCAAUAGUGGCACGCCGUGCCCCGAGCUGGAGGAGCAGGAGGAGUGCACGCCGCACAACUGCCUGGCGUAUCAGUGAUGCCGGUCACACCGCUGGCAUAGACACUUUGACGCUGUCCAAGCGGAGAGCCGAGUUUAACCUCAUGCCAAUGCUGAGUCACUGCUGCAGAAUGUGGGAGAGCCGCCCGGCUGGACGUCCCAUGAGCUGCAUUGGCUCCUCUCCUCACUGGAAAAGAACGGCUCGUAUUCUGUUGAUAGAGACUUUGAUUAUGGCUGCUGUAUUUGCAGUAAUCUCUGUGUAUCUUUGCGUAAUCGCACACUAUUUUGCCAAUAUAGAUCUGUGGAGUAGAUGACUUGCAGUUGCCCGACCACUGAUUUUAACAUAACUACAUGAAUUAACAUAAGCUUUCCUCUUGAUCUCACAACAGUAGCAGCUGUUUUGGGUGAUUUGACAGAUCACGAUCAGGUAGUUGGCUGUAGAAGUCAUCUAGUAGUCCAUUAGUAGUAGACUUGGAGACGUCCCAGCUCCUGUCUCAUACAGGCCUAAAUAUGUCCAGAAUGCAGUAUGCAUACAUUAUCUUGUGAGGAGUCACACUAAACUAACUGUCAUGAGUCAUUUAUCAAAUAAGGGACCGUUAAGAUGUUCCCGGUCAAGAAAAAGUCACCUAUGCACACCAGUUUGAUCAAAAGUAUAGUAAAACAGAAAUCCUGUGAAUUAUUAUUAUUAGUAUUAUUACAAUUGAAUGUGUUCUAUUUGAGCAUAUUGUAAAACGUAACUUAUUUCUGAUACAAAGCUGAAUUUUCUGCAUCAUUUCUCCAGUCUUCAGUGUCACAUGAUCCUUUAGAAAUCAUUUUAAUAUACUGAUUUGGAGUUCAAUAAACAUUGAACACUGUAGUCUGCUUAAUGCUUUUGACUCAUUGAAUAACAGCAUUCAUAGACAGAAAUAUAUUGUGACAUUUGUCUCUAUUGUCACUUUUUAUCAGAGUAAUGCAUCCUUGUUCAAUAGAAGUAUUCAUUUAUUUUCUUUCUUUUGUUUAUAAUCUGAAUUACCCAACCUUUUAAUUAUAAUGCUCUCCACAAUAAUAUUAAGCAUCACAACUUUUCUCAGUAAUGAUGCUGAAAAUUCAGCUUUUCCGUCACAGGAAUAAUUGACCUUCUAUUAAAUUUCACAAAAUUACUGCUUUCAUUGUCUUAUUGAUUAAAUGAACGCAUCCUUGGUGAGAGCAAAAUCAUAACAUCAUAAUAAUUCCAGACUUUUGACCAGUAGUGUAUAUGUUGUAUUCUCUCUUAAAUCAUCUCCUCCUUGUUGUGUCUUUACGGUAGAAUUUCACAAUCAUUUGCCUUAAUAGUAUUAGCAUUAUUAUUAGUAAUAAAUGACCUGAAACAUCAUGCUGGAUAACAUGAAUCAUCUGAUUUUGUGAAGUUCAUACAGCUAAACUUUUAACAGUUAUGCUGAUCAUAUAAAGUGGUAUGAAAUUAGAAAAGAACGACAAAUAGGAGCGUUUUUUUCUAGUGCUGUUGCACAUCUGAACUCCAACUCAGAUUCUAUAAUUAGAUCUACAUCCCACAUGUUAAUGGCAUAACACUGUGUGGUUGAUUUUCCCUUCAUACUAUGGUGAUGUACUAAAUAAAAAGAGAUAUAAUAAUAUCACAUUGUACAUUUAUAACAAAUCUAUUCAGAGACAACUCACAGCUGGGGCAGAUGAGAACACAAACUCAUUUAAAAACAUUAGCUGCUCUUAUAAAUAUGAUUAGAGUUGAUGAUCGAUCAUUGAUGUGCUCAUGGACUGCAUUACUUAUUGAUGCAUAUGUCCUUAUCUCCUUCUGAACAAAGCAGAAUUAGAUGGACAGAUGAUUCAAGGUUUUGGUGGUUAUUAACAUCUCAUCAUUUAAUUAUUUUGGAAAUAACCAUGAAACAAUGUUAUUAAACCAGCUUGAUUGUGUUGAAAUGCUGUCAUCUAUUGGAGGAAACAGAUUUCACAGUGGCUGGAGAUGCUGUAUUACCAAAUAUGAAAAACAAGGGCAAGGUUUCUUUAACUUAUCAUUCACAGCAAAAUGUUAAAACAAACGAAGAAAUUAUUGUCUUUUUUAACACUUUUUAUUUUGGUCCUCAACAACUUGUUUUAUUACUACAACCUGAUGUUCUGAUGCACUCAUAUCACUAUCAUCAAUACUUUAUGAAAUAGGUACAGAUUUGUCUCUCCAUCUUCCAAAAAUGUACAU